AGAGGCUGCACAGCCCGCCGGGACCCCCGCCGCCGCGCCCGCCGCCGCCGGGCCGGCGCCCUCCCGUUUCCUUCCUCCAGGGGGAAAAAAAUGUCCUUCGGGCCGCUGUCCGGGAAGCGGCAGCAUGUGGCGCUCCGCUGUCAGUAGCAACAAGGUCAGCACCCCUUCUCCGCGUCUUGCCCCCUCAGCUCUCGCGCUCAGGUGGGACGGAGCCAGCUGCGCAAACCAUGCAGGAUGAUUUACUGAUGGACAAAAGCAAAACCCAGCCCCAGUCUCAGCAGCAGCAGCAGCAGCAGCAGCGGCAACAGCAGCAGCAGCAACAGCUCCAGCCCGAGCCCGGCGCAGCCGAAGCCCCGUCCACGCCCCUCUCCUCAGAGACCCCCAAGCCCGAAGACAGUAGCGCAGUGCCGGCCAUCAGCCCAGCCUCGGCCCCGCCAGCCCCCAACGGCCCCGACAAAAUGCAGAUGGAGUCGCCGCUCCUGCCGGGCUUGAGUUUCCAUCAGCCCCCUCAGCAGCCGCCGCCACCGCCGCAGGAGCCCGCGGCGCCCGGAGCGUCGCUGUCGCCGUCCUUUGGCAGCACCUGGUCCACGGGCACGACAAACGCGGUGGAGGACAGCUUCUUCCAGGGGAUCACCCCGGUCAACGGGACCAUGCUCUUCCAAAACUUCCCGCACCACGUCAACCCGGUCUUCGGAGGCACCUUCUCCCCACAGAUCGGCCUGGCACAGACCCAGCACCACCAGCAGCCGCCGCCGCCCGCGCCGCAGCCGCCGCAGCCAGCGCAGCCCCCGCAGGCGCAGCCCUCGCAGCAACGCCGCUCGCCCGCCAGCCCCAGCCAGGCGCCCUAUGCGCAGAGGAGCGCCGCCGCCUACGGCCACCAACCCAUCAUGACCAGCAAGCCGUCCUCAUCCUCGGCUGCUGCGGCCGCUGCUGCCGCGGCCGCCGCCUCCUCGGCAUCGUCCAGCUGGAACACGCACCAGAGCGUGAACGCAGCCUGGAGUGCCCCGUCCAACCCGUGGGGUGGCCUACAGGCCGGCCGGGACCCUCGCCGCGCUGUUGGCGUGGGCGUGGGCGUGGGUGUAGGGGUACCCUCCCCGCUUAACCCCAUCUCGCCGCUCAAAAAGCCCUUCUCCAGCAAUGUGAUCGCGCCACCCAAGUUCCCUCGUGCGGCCCCGCUCACCUCCAAAUCCUGGAUGGAGGAUAACGCUUUUCGAACCGAUAAUGGUAACAAUCUGUUGCCUUUUCAGGACCGGAGUAGGCCCUAUGACACUUUUAACUUGCACUCCUUGGAGAACUCCUUAAUGGAUAUGAUAAGGACUGACCAUGAGCCUCUGAAAGGUAAACACUACCCUCCCAGUGGCCCACCAAUGAGUUUCGCUGAUAUAAUGUGGAGGAAUCAUUUUGCAGGACGCAUGGGAAUAAAUUUUCAUCAUCCAGGAACCGAUAACAUUAUGGCACUUAACACCAGGAGCUAUGGGCGGAGACGAGGUCGGUCUUCUCUCUUUCCCUUUGAAGACGCCUUCUUGGAUGACAGCCAUGGCGAUCAGGCUUUAUCCUCUGGCUUAAGUUCUCCCACUCGAUGUCAAAAUGGGGAGCGAGUGGAACGCUACUCUAGGAAGGUGUUUGUUGGAGGCCUUCCUCCUGACAUCGAUGAAGAUGAGAUCACUGCCAGCUUUCGCAGAUUCGGACCUCUCGUGGUAGACUGGCCUCAUAAAGCAGAGAGCAAGUCAUACUUCCCUCCUAAAGGCUAUGCCUUCCUGCUGUUCCAGGAAGAAAGCUCAGUGCAAGCUUUGAUAGAUGCCUGCCUAGAAGAGGAUGGGAAACUGUACCUGUGUGUGUCCAGCCCCACCAUCAAGGAUAAGCCGGUGCAAAUUCGACCGUGGAACCUAAGUGACAGUGACUUUGUAAUGGAUGGUUCUCAGCCUUUGGACCCCAGAAAAACUAUCUUUGUUGGGGGAGUUCCACGACCCCUUCGAGCUGUUGAACUGGCAAUGAUAAUGGACCGUUUGUAUGGUGGUGUUUGCUAUGCUGGCAUCGACACAGAUCCAGAGCUGAAGUACCCCAAAGGUGCUGGGCGUGUUGCGUUCUCCAAUCAGCAGAGUUACAUUGCAGCCAUCAGUGCACGCUUUGUGCAGCUUCAACACAAUGAUAUUGACAAACGGGUGGAAGUGAAACCGUACGUGCUGGAUGACCAGAUGUGUGACGAGUGCCAGGGCACGCGCUGCGGUGGGAAGUUUGCCCCCUUCUUCUGCGCCAAUGUCACCUGUCUACAGUACUACUGUGAAUACUGCUGGGCCAGCAUCCACUCCCGAGCCGGCCGCGAGUUCCACAAACCGCUGGUGAAGGAGGGAGGCGACCGCCCUCGGCACGUCCCGUUCCGCUGGAGCUGAGCGCCGGCCAGGCAGACCCAGCUACAAGUACUGGAGCAGGAUCACAAGGAGGAAGAGAGGGCACUGCCUCAGGGCUCACGGUGUUCUGGAAAUCUGUGCAUUCGUUCUCGAUUUUUAAAGAAGAAAUGGGUCUUUUUAUUAUUAUCAUUUACAGUCCAUAUUACUGAACUCAGCGUCCAGUAUAAUGCAGAAUCGCAGAGUGUGUAACGGUACCCAUUUGCACUUUGACUCCCAACUUGUCUGCUUGGUACCUUGAUUUCUUACACCUGAUCUGUCGCCUCCACAGUACGUAGACUGCCAUUCUCAUCAGCGGCCGUCAGGUUGACGUCUGUGACUCUUUGUUUGAUGUUGUGUUGUCGUCGCUCUGACUGGUUCUGAACUGGAGCAUGCACUUAUUUUCAGAAACUUAGAGAGUCGCCCCUAGGACGAGACUUACCAAAGGUCCCACGUGUAGGUAGAGGCCGGCGUAGCAAACACUUUACGAUCCGCAAUCAGUAGAGGGGUCACGUAGAGCAAGGGUAGCCCUUCAUGAAAAUAAGCCUGUAGCUGCUCUGUACUCUGACAUGUACGGAUACCUCACAAGCUGGAUCUUUCAUUUCCUUCAUGUUUGGUUUUUGUUUUGCUGAGGAUUUGGGUUAGAUGUUUUAGUGUUAUGUAAAUUUAUGCUGCAAUAGCUUUUGCUGCUAUUAAAAUGAUAUUGUUGAUACCAUAAUACUCUAUUCAGGCUAAGGUAUCAAUUAAAAACAAAAACAAGAACCCAACAACACACUUUCAUGGUUUAGGGAUAGAGCAAGCUGCCGGAGGAGAUCAGAAGAGACCAGAGAGAGCCAGCGGAGGCCGCCGUUCCUGACUGCAUGUUUACUUAAUGCGGUUGCUGCAUGCAAUAAAUUUUAUAUCCAAUGUCUAGUAUAAAACCUUCCCACAAUGCACAAAUUAAGAAUCUAUAUAAGCUAUAAACUACUCAUUUUUUUAAAAGAUUUUUUUCAUUCAAAAGAAUUGGUAAUCGGUGGGAGGAAGGCAUGCCUCAAUGGGUGGAGUGUCCGUGGACAGGAAGAGCCCAUAGCAGGACGACCAUUACUCAAACCAAUAGAACACCUAGGUGUAGGAUACUCUUACAGCAAACCUGUGGGUGGUAGAUGAAGUACUGCGGUGCUGUUAUAUCUUGUGCAAUUUAUUUUAUAUAGUAAAGUGAUUAUUAUGUCUAACUGUGAUCAAAUGUAACUGUUGACAUUAGUGGGCGUGACCAUUCAUAGCUGGUACAUUAUUAACCCCUGAGCUCUGAGUUACGACCUCGUAAUGCUCACCCCACUUUCCACAGCUUCAGAUCUUGUCCAGAAGGCCAAAGAGCUCGUCCUCGCUCUCAAACACUAAGGAUGGACACAGAAUCUAGAAAUAAGCUGUCAGAAGCCACGUGAGGGUGAUGCUAAAGCAAUGUCUGUCUGAGUGAGUGACUGAGCAGACGCGGCCUUUGGUGUGAGACACUAACCACCAGGUCCCUGGAUUCACCCUGGAAAGCCUGGCUGGGCUGGCGCCCUGCUGUCCUCCCGUGGACAUUGUUUUAGCAUUCGCUCCUGGGCUGCAGAGAGGAAUAGAAACACGCACGGUGAUUGCAAGACUGUAAAGCUUUUAAUCCCUUCUUCCUUUGUUCUGAAUUCUGGUGACAAUCUGACUGGACGUCACACUGCAGAGUAGAUCUAAGUCACUGUGUUUUUGUGCUGUGAUUUCCUGUACUGUCUUAAAGUUAGUGUUGCCUGGUUUUUGUUGUAGUUUGGUUUUUGUUUCUCCAGUGUUGAGUUGUGAAUACUGGCUCUCCGGCUACAGUUUGUUUUCAAAAAGAGGAGAAAAAAAAAUAGUUUUUUACUGAAUUAAAAGAUGCCUAUUAGAGCCCUCCCCCUUGGGGUUUUCUCUGGGCCUUUUGGUAAUAAUUGCUUUUCUGCAGCCCAGAUGUGGUUUCGUUUUGUUUUGUUCCUUUUUUUUCUAUGUUUGUGUUUUACUUUUUUUCAUCUGUAUGGGAAAUUUUGUUACGCACUACUACUUUUUAUAUUCUAGACCGUUUUCAAGAGUUGGCUGAUGGUUUUUGUUUGUUUGUUUUUAAGGAAAAGGCAUGCUUUCUGACUGACCUGAUCUUUUGCAAUACCUCAAUUUUGAAAUAUAGGAAAGAAAGUGAUAUUUUCUAAGUAAGUUUAUUCAGAAAAUAUAUAUUAAUUUAAUUCUGCAAGAAAAUGAUUUAACAGAUGGGUAACUUUAUUUUUUUCAUGCUUAUUUGUGUUUUUUGAAAAUGAAGAAGUUAGAGCUUUAUAACUAUAAUAUUAAAGAUCAUAUCUAACCUACAGAAAUCUACCUAAUUAUGUGAAAGAUGCAGAUGUUUGGAAGAAGCUCCCCUCUUUCAUGUUCUAAAACAACCCUGAGCUCUAGAGAAGCUGGAAGACUGGGCAGCGUAAAUAACGCGGAGGCCACAGUGUCUGUCGCGGAGGGAGACCAGUUUGUGAGAGAGACUCCAUUAUUGCCGGGAGUUGUGACUUAGGUGACGGAACUACUUUCCCUUGAUUUGUAUAUUUAUAUCAAGUGUUGAUUGUGCGGCUGACCAGGAUUGUGAAAGAGUUCUUCUGUUUGUAUUUUUUUAAAGAGAACUUUUUUAGUUUAUUAAAUUAUAACAUGUUCCCUUUUGUUUUUGUAAAUAAAUGUGCCCCCCCCAAGUUCUUAAUGUUAUAUUAAAAGAGAGAGUCCUUCAAAAAAAUUAUUUUUUAAAACACGGAGGUGUUCUGCCCUGCAACUUGACUGGGAAGCCCCUGGUAACACAGGCCCUGCCGUGGCCUUCCUUGCUGGGACACUUGAAGUAGUGGACUUUUGAAGGCUGUACUAACCUCGACUCUUUGUUGUUACGUGCAAUACUGUUUGUACUGUUUGUAUAAAAAUAGAAAAAAAGAAAAGAAAAAAGGCAUAAAUCUUUAUUGCAGAUUUAUUUUCAUUGCAGACUUUAGACAUUGUGACUCACAGAACACUCAUUUUCUACUGUCAAAUACGUACCUUUUCCUCAUGCUGGUAUUUUUUCAAUAGUAACGUAGCCUUUGUACUGAGACAAAUUUUCAUUGUUAUUUUUAGAAAGAUUUUUUGCUAAGAAAAAAUUAAACAUAUUUACAUAUUUUUCAUUUUAUUUCGUAUUUUCUUUAAGGAGUGCUUUCUCAAUCAUUACUAGAGUUGUUUCUGGGAGGGACUUUCAUAUCUGGUCAACGUCAUAAUAUUAUUUUGUAUUUUUACUUGGAAUAAAUUAAUUUUAUGAUGCUAAUUCUUUAAAAGUUUAUUUUUUUCAUUUUCAGUUAUUUUUGAAGCUAAAACCUUUGUAAUAUUGUUACUAAAGUGUCUAGUUUUUUGAAAUGCAAAGCUUUAUGUACUAACUCGCUGAUGUGGUUUACAGCAGUGGCAACGAUGGGAAGAGUUGGUUCUGUAAAGCAACUGGGACUGUAACGGACAACUGGGUAAUAAAAUGACGGGAUGAGCCGAACGUGCGGGAUCUGGACAAGCCUUUUCCUUUCUUACAGUGCUUUAGUGUGAGACUAGGGAUGUCACGGUACAGGUCCUGAGGAUGUCACCGUGGGUUUACACAACACCAGAUGCAGCAGAGUUUGCGACCUGAUAAUGAAGUCACCCUCCUGAAAUAGCAUGGAGUGUGAAGCCACGCUCGGCCAGCAGUGCCCAGUGCUUUCCCUAAAACUCCUCAUGUGUGCACCGUAUGUGUGUAUGUGUGUGUGUGUGUGUGUGUGUGUGUGUGUGUGUCUGUGUCUGCCACCAACUGCUGUCCAUGUGUGAGCUGGUGCCUUUCCCUCCCAGAUUUUUACAUGCAUGCACAGUGGUGACCAGUGAGCGAAGACAAGGCCUUCUAUGUUGCAUGACCUGAAUGUCUCACCCGGUGUGUCCCUGGAAGGGCUGGCGGCAGGCCCUGGGGAUGCACGCUGCACGUCACCAUGUCACCACUGUAUGUGUGUUCACUUCAUCUUCCUCCCUCCUUGUCUGGUCCCUGUUCUAGCGCCCCUGUUUACCUUUUCUCGUGGUGACACUGGGCCACUCAGCAUGAUCUGUCUGCCUUCCUGCUGCUGCUUCUCCAGCCCCCAGCCCCACCCCAGUCCCACCCCCAGCCCCAGCCCCUGAAGUGCACUGUCAAAGCAGCUGUGGCCAAGGCAUCUGCAGUUCCUGCAGAGGCAGCUCAGUUACCCACUGGUGUUGUGUAAACAGAACGUCCAGGGACUUGCUCUAGACAGAAGGCGCAUUUCUGCUAGCUGCUGGUGGCCUCUUCUAGUCGCGUUGGAGAGGAGGUUAAUCAAUAACUGGGGUCCGCAUGUGUCCAGAGCUGGCUCUUGGGUUCGCUCUAUGUAUUCAGUUUUGUAAAUAAUAUAUAGAUUAGAUCAAGUUGUGAUGUAAAAUUUUAACUCAAAUUGGGUCCUAUUGGUUGGAAUUUUACAUUAACUACAAAUAAAUGAUUAGGAACAGAAGAAACUGGGAAAAUUCUUGUUUAGUGGUAUAAAGAUUAUGCUUAGAUUUCCGCCUAUAUCUUGUGUUUUAUAGCUUGUUAGUGAGGCAUGGGCUAACGCAGUGGACUGCAUUUGAAUUAGCGAAUAGCUGCUAGUUUUCAUUUUCUCUCUUCUAUUAGCAACAAAGUGGCAUUUAACCGGGUCAAGCUCCUACCUAAAUAUUUGAGUAUUGUGACAUCUCAGCUUGCAAGGUUUGAAUGAAAGGUUAGUCACAGAGUAGUGAAAAAACCAAGUGUCUUUUUGUUAAAACCGGCUUCUUUGUGCUGCUCCCCCCUCUACCACUAGCCGUAGCGUGUCUGCUACCAUUCUUUUUUCGUCAACUCAGCUGCCGCAGUGUUCCAUUCCCACCACGGAGUAUUUUAUAACGGAUGCUGUUGACAGAAGACCCCACAGUGGGUCAAGAGGGAACCGCGAGUCCAGGGAUCUGACUGUAUGAUCAGAGUAGCUCACUGGGUCCAGUGGAGAGCUCGGGUGCUAACACAGGGGACGCCUGCUCCUGGACACAGUGCUGUUGGGGUACAAAGUGUUAGGCAUUUUUGUAUUUUUGCUGUCAAAGUGAUGGACAUGACCUUUAGAGUGUUCACAGCUAGGACCUCUGUAUUUGUUUUUCAGCUAACAACUAAUUUGAACUGUACUGUAUCUUUCUUACCUGUUCUCUCGGAUUGUUUGCGCUGGUAACCCUUCCUCUGCCCUGGGGCUCGGAUUAAUACUGCUUGUAUGGGUUCGCUACUGUGACUGAGCGUGGAACUCUUGCAGCUGUCGCUUAACCGCUUAACUUUGUAGUUUGGACUUUUUUUCUGUAAUAACAACUUAUUAAAUCUAGUUGUACGAA